GAGAGGCGCAGACGCACACUCAUGUGCACGCUGCCGUGCGUGUGCAGGUGAUUCUGAGUGGGGUCACGCUGCUGCUGCUCAACGAACAGGUGACUUCCGUCUCUUGCCAGUGACAUGUGGUGUCCCCGCAGAUGGCCGUGUUCAGCACGGUGCUGAGAAGACACCUGGAGGAUCCUGGUUCGCACACGGGCAGACUGAGCGGAGCGAUGCCCCCAGGCCGGUGGUACGCGGUCCCUGCAGCACAGGCCCAGGCUCCCAGGGAGCGAGGGCUCCUCACUGUGAAGAAGGAGGAGGAAGAGGAGGACGAAGGCUAUGCCUCGGUGCAGACCGCCCGGCCACAGACGCUCAACCGACCGGGCCAAGAGCUCUUCCGCCAGCUCUUCAGGCAGCUUCGCUACCACGAGUCUUCCAGUGCGCUGGAGACGCUGAGCCGGCUCCGGGAGCUGUGCCGCUGGUGGCUGAGGCCGGAUAUUCUCUCCAAGGCCCAGAUCCUGGAGCUGCUGGUGCUGGAGCAGUUCCUGAGCAUCCUGCCGGGGGAGCUCCGGACCUGGGUGCAGCUGCACCAGCCUGAGAGUGGCGAGGAGGCUGUGGUGGUACUAGAGGAGCUGCAGCGGGACCUGGGUGGCUCACGGCGGAGGAACCCAGGCCUUGGCCCGAGCCCGGCUGUGCACUGGAUGGGCACUGCGGCCCUGCAGUCUUCGCAGACCUGGCCCCCUGUGUCCCCGCUCAGGAGCGGCUCUGCUCCGGGACCCCAGCUGGAGCCUCCCUGUGCAGUAGGAGUGCGUGACUUCCUGGCUGGGCCACCCGAUACUCCUGCCCUGGUGCCUUCUCUUUCCCAGAGAGAGGGGAGCCCAGGAGACCGGGCCACAGCCACACGGUCCCUGACGCCAGAGCUGCCGGAGGCCACGACUUUCAAGGAUGUGGAGGUGACUUUCUCCCAGGAUGAGUGGGGCUGCCUGGACUCGACCCAGAGGAACCUGUACAGGGAUGUGAUGCUGGAGAACUACGGGAAUGCGGCUUCCCUGGCGGGGUCCUGCUCCAAACCUGCCCUCAUCUCUUGGUUAGAAGCAAGGGAGCCCUGGGGCCUGAAGGUCCAGACAGCUCAGUCUAAGAGGCUUCCGGGUUCCACUCCUACAGGAGGUGAGCUCCAGAUGAAGUCAAACAAAUUGGUCUUAAAGCAAGAACCUGUGGAAGACGCAGAUGCAGAUGAUGCUGUGUCAGCCAAGAGUCCUGUGACAAGUGUUCCGGAGGGGGCGGGGCCCGGAGCGUCUUUGGAACAGCAGAGGUGGCUAACAAAGCGCUGUGUGAGCCUUAAGAAGGAAGAGUGUGACUUCAGUCCCACGGCAGGGCGAGAAUUGGACAUGUCAGAAAGGAGUGACACUCCUGACCUAAAACAUGUAGCAUAUUUGAGAGUCUCCAGGAAAAAGCGAUCCCUAAUACAUGGCUGUGAGAGACACCUGAGGAAAAGUUCACACCAUUAUGACUAUAAGAAACGAGGAAAGGGGCGCAGACACGCGGUGGGGGGCUUCAGCCUCCAUCAGAGGAUUCACAGCGGGCUGAUGGGGAGCGAAAAGGACGCCUGUGGGAAGGGCUUCGGCCUCGGCGCUGCUCACCCCCAUGAGCAAGGUCUGUUUGCCGUGGGGACGUCGUACAGGUGCCGGGACUGCGGGAGGACCUUCAAACGGAGCUCCCAUCUCGAGUACCACCAGAGGCUUCACAGCCAGGAGAAGCCGUUCAAGUGCAGGGUGUGUGAGAAAGCCUUCAGGUGGAGCUCCAACUGCAUACGGCACGAGAAGAUUCACACCGGAGUGAAGCCGUACAAGUGUGGUUCGUGUGACAAGGCUUUCCAGCGCAUGUCCGCCUUCCGUCUGCACCAGGAGACCCACACGAAGCAGAAAGUGGAGUCGACUCAGUGUGAGGAAGCCCUCGCCUACGGCUCAGAGCUAGAGCCUCAUUUGAGAGACCAGGGUGGGGAGAAGCUCUUUGACUGCAGCCAGUGUAGGAAAUCCUUCCACUGUAAGUCCUAUGUCCUUGAACAUCAGCGGAUCCACACGCAGGAGAAGCCUUACAAAUGUGCCCGCUGCAGGAAGACCUUCCGCUGGAGGUCCAACUUCACCCGCCACGUGAGGCUGCACCAGGACGAGGAGCUCUGUGCGCCGGGUCUGCGUCAGGGCGAUGUCGCCCGGAAGGACUGCCGUGAGCCGCAGGGGCCCCCUGUGGGAGAGAACACUUUUCUGUGUCAGCAGUGCGGGAAAACUUUUACGCAAAAGAAAACCCUCCUUGAGCACCAGAGAGUGCACACGGGCGAGACACCGUACCAGUGUGGCGAAUGUGGGAAAAGGUUCACCUACAGGUCAGCCUUCAUUGUCCACAAGAAGAAGCACGCCACUAAAAGAAAGCCGGAGGGCGGGCCGUCCUUCAGUCAGGACGGCGUGUGCCAGGUUCCACAGAGCAGCCGCCCCCCAGAGGAGCCCCACAAGUGUAGCCAGUGUGGCAAGGCCUUCCGUAACCACUCCUUCCUCCUCAUCCACCAGAGAGUUCACACCAGGGAGAAGCCUUACAAGUGCCGGGAAUGUGGAAAGGCCUUCAGGUGGAGCUCCAAUCUCUACCGGCACCAGAGGAAGCACUCGGCGCGCCGCCAGCACGAGGACCACCCGCGGGACGUGCCUCCACCUCUGUCCCCGAAAGUCCUCACCGACCAGAAACCGUUCUGGUGCCAAGAAUGUGGGAAAACCUUUACACGUAAGAGGAGUCUCUUAGAUCAUAAGGGAAUCCACAGCGGAGAGAAGCGCUACAAAUGCAGCGUGUGUGGGAAGUCUUACGACAGAAACUACCGUCUUGUCAACCAUCAGAGAGUCCACGCCUCAGAGCGGCCUUUCAAAUACCAGUGGACUGGGAAAGAGUUCCUCGGGAGACACGCUCUCUCCGUCCACCAGAGGAGGCAGCCCCGCGUCACCCAGUCGGAAUGUAGCUCGUCUGGGCUGUCUUCCUUCCAGGACACGGGGCUGAGUGCACAGGAACUAACACCAGGGGAGGAGAAGCCUCUGGGGGACGCGGAGGAACCCUGUGACCAGCGCUCAGCGCUCUCGGGACCCCAGGACGCGGCCCCGGGGAAGAAGUGCCACAGGUGUAACCUGUGUGGGAAAGCCUUCAGCAAGGGGUCGCUGCUCCUCAGCCACAAGAGGUUCCAUACUCGGGAGAGGCCCUUCAAGUGCAGGGUGUGUGGGAAGACCUUCAGGUGGUCUUCGAAUCUGGCUCGGCACAUGAAAAACCAUAUUCAAGAGUAGCCGGGGCCUGCUGCUGACCGUCCCGCCGGAGAGCCCCUGGUUGUAGGCUGUGGGGCAAGCCUUUACACGGGCCCAGGCCCUUUUUGGGAGUGGAUGGCAGGGAAUCCUGAGAAUCUAAAAGCUCAGGGAGUCCCCCGUCUACCUGCCAGGCAGCGAUACUGGGAACGGCGGUGGCAGCGGCGGCGUGUUCUUCGGGCCUAACAGGCCCAGGCCCCAGGAGCAGGUCUUGCAAAUAACCCCGGCUUCCUCCAGCCAGGUCUCCACAGCCAGCUAAGGACAAGAUGCUGCCUUUGGGACUGGGCGGCACUGUGGCCUGGUGCACUGUGGCUGCUGCCAAGGGGCUGGGGUGUCUGUGUCUCUCUGGGCUUGGCUUGUGAUGGUGCAGUGUCGAGGACCAGUCUUCUCCCAGAUGUCUCCUGAGGAGUCCUAGCUGGGUUCGUUUCUGCCGAGGCUCUGAGGCGUCUGCAGCGUGGUGCAGAGUGGGCUGGUGGCCUCCGUGACUCGGGAGUGGAGCUCCGCCGGCAUCCUGCUGCCAUCUCCACCCCUCACGGCCCCUCAGGCAGCAGAGCACUGGCCCUGUGUCGGGCACCAGUGAGUGCUGAGGCCCGCGGUGGCCGGUACACGAACGUCCUGCUGUCUUUGCCGUCACGUAAACACGAGGGAUGUGCUGAGGACCGAGAAAGUGAGCAGUGCCGGCCGGGAGGUGACGUUCAGUAGGCCGGGGGAGGGUCGGCAGGUGAGGUUGGAGCAGACCCCGGGCGGGAGGAGGUGAGCGCACCACGGGCAUCCCUAGGAGAGCAGGCAGAGGUGGGGUCUUGGCGGGCAUGCGAGGGGACAGCGGGAGGCUCCGGGGUAGAGUGGAGUGGGCCGGGCCUCGUGAGCACUGGUGGCCUCGGGCCCUUCUGUGGAGAGAGGUGGUCUGUGGAGAUCGCUGUGGAUCGGGGGCCUUGAGGGGCGCCUCUCGCUUGCCCGCCCGCUUGUGUUCAGAAAGCAGGGCCACCUCCCUCGGGGCUGUGGUGUGGAGGACUGCUGUUUGCUUCUCAGGUGCACGGGAGUCCUUGAAGUCCUGAGGAUAGCACAGGUGUGCGCGGUGGUGGCGAGGUCUCGGGCUGCCCCCUGUUGGGCCGCAAGUAGGGUUAUGAUCCUGGGCGGGCCGCAUCUUCCAGGGAGAAGAAACCAGUGUGCCGAGUUCCCGAGGACCAGGGGCUGCUGCACACAGGCGAGGCGCAGCCACAGAUGGCUUCAGUGGCGUCUCCUGGGCACUGUGCUGCGUUUUCAAUUUUGUCAUCUUAGGUGGUCCUGCCACCCUCUCGCCUUUUCUACGGUGGAAUCAAGUGUCCGAAGCUGACACCAAGUGUGGCUGGGCGGCGGCUAGGCCAAGGAAGUCUUGCAGUUAUCAGAUCUGGGUCCCCAGCUCUGAGCGCCUCGGCCCUUUUCUGAGCCAGUGGUCUCAGGGAUCCGGGAUACCUGCGUCAGAGCCCUCACAGAGGUGCUGCUCACCUGUCAGCUGGUGCUCUACCAGGGAUAGCCUUCUCUGGCAAGUUCCAUUCCCUACACCUGUGCCACCUACUUCCUUGUGAAGUUUGGUUCCAACAGGUUCUUUUACUGCCAUUUUGAUAGAAUGCGAUCUUAUUUUUAUAUAUUCCAGUCCAAUUUAAAAAUACACAAUGAAGUCAAAACCAACAGAACCUUCUAUGCUGACGUAUUCUGUAGGAUUGUGCUGAUGUCAUCUGCUCAGAAAAUCGUAGUUCUGUAAGUGAUAUUGUAGAUGUAUCAAUAAAGGUCUGACCUUGGGCAUGACCACUGAACAUUUUGGUGUAACGGUGCUGGUUUUGCCUUCGCCCUCAUCCCCCGCCGACUUUGCUGUCCUCCUUCACCACAGGCCGUGCCUGUUCCUAGCCCUCUCCUAGGCCGCACCCUGCUGGGCGCUCUCAGCUUCCUUGCCCGUCACGGAGCACUGCCAGGCUUGGGUCCUUGCCACGCAGAGGAGAUUUUUGCCCAAACUGUCUCUAAAGGACUUGAGAACUGGACUGUUUUCAGCCAAGUUAGGGUUGGGAUGUUUUGAAGGGGCCCCCACGUGGAAUUUUGAUGCCAGUGCUCAGUACGCCUGCCGGUUGGGAGCCUGCUGUGGAUGGCUUUGGACCCUAGACUCCAGCUGACACCAGGUCUCCGGUGCCUCAGCUUCCCACCUGGCCCGCCUUCUCCGCAUACCUUGGGGAACUGAGGUUUCGGAUGGGAGGGCCAGAUGGGCCGGGACUAUCCCAGCGAGAAGUGGGUGUCACCUGCGCAGUGUGCUCAGCCCACCCUUGCUGACAGAUUGUCAAACCAGACACAUUUGUUGAGAAGAAAACAGGAGAAAUGCAGAAUGCAGAUGAUCUGGUACACAAGCCAGAAUUCACAAAAGCCCGACUGGCUGCGUGUGGGACAGCUGGAAUUGACGCUGCUUUGGCUAUUGUCCCAAGUAGUGUGCAAGGGCUUGUGAAGUCGAGAGCACUCCCCUGUACAGUCCCCUCUGGUACAUCCUAGUCGAGCUCCAUCUGAGGAAAGAAAAGCCUGCUCCAGAGAGCACUGCGUAGGCAGCAGGAUGGGGAGAAAUGUGUCAGCCAUCAGCAGAACAGGCAAACGGGUGUUCUUGUCCUGGGCUUGGGUUUUGGUGCUCCCGGAAGUGAAUUCGAGUUACGGCAUUCAGCGGAGCACACCGCAGGAGCCGGUCCAGGGUGCCCUUCACCUAAGGUAAGCUCGUGCACUGCUGCACCGCGCGUCUGCUGACUGGCGUUUCACUCUUUGUAAAUGGGGUGUAGUUAUGAAAUAAUGCAUGUAAGGUGUUUCGUGUCUGGUAUGUAAGUGUUCUUGGUAUGUAGGAGACGCUGUUACUGUUUUGCACAACAUUUUCUGUGGAUUCAAACGAUAUGAAAUGCGUGUCGAGUUGUGGACUGGAGUAACAAGAACCCCACUGCUCUGCCACUGGCGGGAGAGGCCAGCGGGGUCGGGGAGGGCUCACAGGCUUCCCUUGUGGUUUUGUGUGUGGUCUUCAUGGAAGUGCACCAGAAUGCUAAGACUUAACGUAGUAAUCUGGUGGGUUCUUUUAACACCUUCAAAAUAUGUCAAAAUAAAACAUUUUAAAAGAUGGCAUCUGGUGUCUU